CUCACACACACACUCUCUCUCUCCUCUCUCUCUCUCUCUCUAGACUCCACUUCCCCCAAUCCGCGCGAGCUCAACCUCCUCCUCCGCCAUGUCCGGCCUCCUCCGGUGGAGGCGCCUCGCCGCCGUGGCCACGCGGGCGGCGUCCACCCUGACCGCGCCGGAGUGCUGCUCCCCGGCGGUGGUGGCGCCGCCGCACCGGCGCGUGCAGGAACGGCGCAAGUGGGAGGGCCCCACCUCCUCCUCGUCGUCGUCGUCCGACGAGCACGAGCCGCGGCGCAUCCGCGCGGAGGCGCACUGCCCGCGCUGCUCCAAGCACAUGGACAUCCUCUUCUCCCACCGCGCGCCGCCGUCCUCCUCCGCCGCCGCGGGCGCGGGCGCGGGCGGCGGUGGGUACCAGGCGCUCAACCUCUGCCCCAACUGCCGCAGCGCCUACUUCUUCCGCCCCCACCUCCUCGCGCCGCUCCAGGGCACCUUCGUCGAGAUCGGCCGCGUCCGCGCCGACCUGCUCCCCCACGACGCCGUCAGGGCCAGGGGCGCUUCCUUCUGGGAGGCCAUCCGUGGGAGCUCGUCGUCGCGGGACGACGGGGACGGCGGCGGCGUGGCCGUGCACGUGCCGCCCGGCCCGCCGUUCCACCCCAACCUCAACGUCGUCCGCGUCGCCGGAGGCGGUGGCGGUGGCGGCGGCGGAGGAGGAGGAGGAGCAGGUGGUGGCGGUGGUGGUGAGGAGGGUGCGGGGAAGGACGGGUGGGGCGGGUCGAACCUCGGGAAGGAUUUGCCUACGCCCAAGGAGAUAUGUCAGGGGCUCGAUAAGUAUGUGAUUGGGCAGGACAGAGCCAAGAAGGUGCUAUCUGUUGCAGUGUACAAUCAUUAUAAACGAAUAUACCAUAAAUCAUUACAAAAAGGGUCUGGAGCAGAUUUGGGUGGUUUUGAUGGAGAAGCUGAUGAUGACGAUGGUGUUGAACUAGAGAAAAGCAAUGUUCUAUUAAUGGGGCCUACUGGCUCAGGUAAAACUCUACUUGCUAAGACAUUAGCUCGCUUUGUGAAUGUGCCAUUUGUAAUUGCUGAUGCAACAACAUUGACACAGGCAGGGUAUGUAGGAGAAGAUGUAGAAUCUAUACUAUACAAGUUACUGGCGGUGGCAGAUUUUAACGUGCAAGCAGCACAACAAGGGAUGGUGUACAUCGAUGAAGUUGAUAAGAUCACAAAGAAGGCUGAGAGCCUUAACAUUAGUAGAGAUGUCUCCGGUGAAGGUGUCCAGCAGGCUUUGUUGAAAAUGCUGGAAGGCACAAUUGUCAAUGUCCCUGAGAAAGGAGCAAGGAAGCAUCCUCGCGGUGAUAAUAUACAGAUAGAUACAAAGGACAUUCUUUUUAUUUGUGGUGGUGCUUUUAUUGACUUGGAGAAAACUAUAUCAGAGAGGCGGCAAGAUUCUUCUAUUGGCUUUGGGGCACCUGUCCGUGCUAACAUGAGGGCAGGUGGCAUCUCAAGUGCUCAAGUGACAUCAUCCUUGUUGGAAUCAGUUGAGAGUGGCGACCUAAUAGCAUAUGGACUUAUUCCGGAAUUUAUUGGACGGUUUCCUAUCCUUGUUAGCUUGGCAGCUCUAAACGAGGACCAGCUUGUUCAGGUUCUCAUGGAGCCAAAAAAUGCUCUGGGUAAACAAUUCAAGAAAUUAUUCAGCAUGAAUAAUGUCAAGCUUCAUUUUACAGAUGCUGCACUUAGAAUAAUUGCCAAGAAGGCAAUGUCCAAAAAUACGGGUGCACGUGGUUUAAGGACUAUCCUUGAGAAUAUUCUCAUGGAUGCUAUGUACGAGAUUCCAGAUGCAAAAUCUGGUGAGAAGCGAAUCGAUGCGGUGGUUGUAGAUGAAGACGCAGUCGGAGCAGUGGACCAACCUGGCUGCGGAGCUAAGAUCCUUUAUGGCGAUGGUGCUUUUGAACGUUAUCUCUCCCAGAUAAAGGUAGCAGGGGAUGCAGCGGGAAGCGAAGCGGAUGGAGAAGCCGAGCUUUCCUCUUCAAGAGCCAUGGGGAUGUGAUUUAUUGGUUCUCACAUCUCCUGUAUAACCCUGUAAAAUCUAAUCCCAGAUGUAAUAAUGUAAGUAUUAGCCUUGUAAAGGAAUAUUGUGUGUAGUGUCUAUUGCUAGUUAAAAAGGCUCCAGCGCAAUGUUCAGCACCCCCACGCUCUUUACUUAAUUUGCAGCAGGGUUUGGAAAGAGUAUAUAGCUCAGGGGAUAUUUAUGGGUGUCGUACAGACAACCCUGGUUGUCAUGAAAAUGUAAUGUCCAAGAAUUGUGAUGACUGCUGAUGGAUGUAAAAAAAAAACUUAGAAACAAUGAAACGCAUUGAAAGGGGGAAGGAAAUGCCAAUAAUGCUGUUGUCAAAA